UCUGUGUCAUAGACUAAAAUCUGUGGUAGCGUGUGCUGUGCUACUCUUUUUGAAUUAAAAGAAUUUAAGCUAAAUUAGAAAUAAAUAUUUAAUUAAUUAGUGUAUCAGUCUUUCAAAAUGUCUUGGUUAUUUGGGUAUAGUCGACCUCAACAACCUCCACCGGAGGAUCCCGUUGCGGACGGGGGUGGUGCUUCGGCUCCACCUGUUAACCUUACCAAAGCUGAAAAGAAAGCCAUGGAAGCUUACAGGUUUGACUCUAGUGCUUUGGAAAGAGCUGCACAAGCUGCCCGAGAGUUAGAAAGAUCCAGACAUGCCAAAGAUGCUUUGGAGCUCAGUAAGCUGCAAGAGGGUACUCGUCAACAAGAACAACUGGCCAAAAUCAAAGAAUAUGAAGCAGCCAUUGAACACGCUAAAGUAGAUCAGAAAAAAGUUGAUUAUGAAGAGAGACGUAAAACACUGCAGGAAGAAACAAAACAGCAUCAAAUAAGAGCCCAGUAUCAAGAUCAAUUAGCAAAGACUCGCUAUGAAGAACAAUUAGUUCAGCAUCAGAAAUCUCAAGAGGAAAUAUUGAGAAAGCAAGAAGAGAGCGUAGCUAAACAGGAAGCCCUCCGUCGUGCUACUAUUGAACAUGAAAUGGAAAUGCGUGAGAAAAACAAGCUAAAAGCAAUAGAAGCUGAGGCCAGAGCUCGCGCUAAGGCGGACCGAGAGAACCGUGAUAUUACACUGGAACAAAUAAAGUUGAAAGCUGCUGAAAACAGGACAACUAUACUAGAGAGCAUACAAACAGCUGGUAAUGUGAUAGGCGCAGGGUUAAAUGCACUUGUAACUGACUGGGAUAAGACAUUGACAGCUGUAGGUGGAUUGUCUCUGCUUGCUCUUGGUGUCUAUACAGCCAAAGGGGCAACUUCUGUGACUGCUCGUUUCAUUGAAGCAAGGAUAGGGAAGCCUGCUUUAGUAAAUGAGACAUCAAGAUUCUCCUUGCUAGAGGCACUAAAGCACCCAAUACUAACCGUAUCAAAAGCUAUACAGAAUUUUAGAAAACCUUCGGAUGCCCUAGCUGGUGUUGUGUUGGCACCAAAUUUGGAAAAGCGAUUGAGAGAUAUAGCAAUAGCGACAAAGAAUACUAAGACAAAUAGGGGGUUCUAUCGGAACUUGCUAAUGUAUGGACCACCUGGUACUGGAAAAACAUUGUUCUCCAAGAAAUUAGCGAAACAUUCUGGCAUGGAGUACGCGAUAAUGACCGGCGGUGAUGUUGCCCCUAUGGGCAAACACGCGGUCGCGGCGAUACACAAUAUGUUCGACUGGGCCAAUACUAGCAGGAAAGGUGUACUACUGUUUAUUGAUGAAGCCGAUGCAUUUUUGCACAAGCGAUCAUCGACACAUAUAAGCGAAGACCUCCGCGCCGCGCUAAACGCCUUCCUUUACCGCACGUCGGACCAAAGUAGUCGCAUCAUGUUGGUUUUGGCUUCAAACACGCCGCAACAGUUUGAUUCAGCUAUUAACGAUCGUUUGGACAAGAUGAUCGAGUUUGGACUCCCGGGCUUUGAAGAGAGGGAGCGUUUGAUCAGACUGUACUUCGAUAAAUUCGUUCUACAACCUGCUUCAGAGGGUAAAAGGCGAUUGAACGUCGAUCAGUUCGAUUACGGCGCGCUGUGUACGAAGCUGGCGGAGAGGACGGCCGGCAUGUCCGGUCGCGCUCUGUCCAAGUUGGGCGUGGCUUGGCAAGCGGCUGCGUACGCUUCGGACGACGGUCGCCUCACGGAGCAAAUGUGCAUCGAGAUAUGCGAUGACGCGGUGCACGACCACAGGCAGAAGAUGGAAUGGCUUUCCGCUGAAGAAAAGACCCGUAGCAUAAUGCCGUAUCUUAUUGACCUGCCACCGCUGGAUAAAUCAGAGGAUACUAUUCAGAAUGUGACCGUUACAGAAAUAACAGACACCAAAGAAAAAUCCAAAGCCAAAACAUCAAAGGGAAAGGUCAAAGAAAUUGAUCUAGAGAAGUGACACAUUGACACCAAAAAUAAUAAAGUUCCAUUAAGAAACCCAAGUUCCGUAAACAGCAGUGACUGUGAUAAUAAACAGUGCAUAUAUGAUUUCUCUGUUACUAAAAUUCAAAAGUAUGUUUUAUUAUCGGACAAUGAUAUUAAAGUAUUGCGAGAGUUGUCAAUGAAAUUUAAAAAAUGAUUUAUAUUUCUAUUUAACAUUAGUAAAGCCCAGGAUCCGUGGAACAUUUUUACAAUUGAUUACUAUCAAGUUAAUUUUCCGUUAGUAGCUUCAUCUUCAUGAGAAGCUCAAUAUUCUUACAUACGAAAAUUCUUGAUUCUGGUAGCUAACUCGGUUACCAGGUAAUAAAAAUUUCUGAGCUACGGUACGAGAUAAUUUGUACAAUACAAUUACAAAUACAAUUUGCAGGACAUUGUGGCUGUUAAGUUGUAUAAUUAUUAAUUUAGCAACAGUAAAAAAAACGUGUAACCUAGUUAGCUACCAGAAUCAAAAAUUUUCGUAAAUAGAAAAGUUGAGCGAAUGAAGCUAAUCACGGAAAAUCAACUUGAAAAUAAUCAAUUGUAGGUUCCACGGAUCCUGGGCGAUAUGAUUUUCGAAUAUGUGUAGUACUUGCACUAAUCAGUGCCAUUUUUUGGAAGUUUGAGCUGAAUGUGUCGGAAACAUCGUUCUCCUAUUAAAAAGUGGAUGCACAAUUAGCGACCAUAAAACUCAACGAGUGCCAAACACAACUUCUUGGCACUCAAUAUAAGUAGUCGCGUUUGCAAAUUCAACCUUAAAGUCAAUCCUUACGGUUAAAUUUGCUCUGAAUUUGGGAUUUUAUUGAAUAGUGUACUUUAUUUAAAGGCCAAACCACCAAUUUUAGAAUUACCAAUAAUUCUAAAACUGUCAAAGCAAAAUUGGCCAGUUUUUAAGUGAAAUUUUCUGCAUGAUUGUGCGUCCUUUUAUUAUAAGAGGUUAAUGGUCGGAAAACAAUUUGAAAGUAAGUCCUUUGUGACUAAAUAUUUGUUCUAAACUUACACAGUCAUUUGCAUGUCAUGUAAUUGAAGGAGAAUAUUUUGCAAAGUGUUGUUAGAUUUUUACGGGAUAUCCAUUUACAUACUAAGCUUAAUCUGAAAUGUAAUGGAAUGAUCUAAUUAAAAAAAAACAGUUUAUUAAGCUCAAAGAUUAGUACAAACAAAUAGACUACUGUUAUAAUUAACUAUAGUGCAUACAAAUCCGUUCAACUCUUUUUGAGUCACAGAAACAACAAAUAUUUAAGAUGAAAAAAAACAUUUAUAGUCUAACCAGAAAUAUUAAAAAAUUUGGGGGCGCUGCUACUUUUUGUUUUUUAAUGCUUGGUUUGUAGGAAAAAAUAGUUUUUUACUGCAAUAUGGUUAAAAUAUUUUUAUUUUUCUGGUCACGCUAUACAAUGUUGUGCAUUUCGUGCAUUUGAUUUAAUUUACAUUUUGUCACAAUGUAUUUAUGUGAAAUUAUUUAAAUAUGUUUGUUUAUGUAAUUAUUGAUUAUUAUUUUAAUUUACAAAUAAAUUAUAAAAAAUAAAAUACAAAUUAUAAAAAAAGUUCGUAUAUGCGGAUGACAAGGAGAUGCUUGACGCGUUUUUUUAUGGGUUUCACCGGCUUCACCUACCGUAUUGUAAAGGCUUAUUCUGUAUCAUUCUCUAUUCUGUGGCUAUAAUAUAGUUACAUAUAAUUUGCACAAGUUAAAGCAGUAAAGGCAAGGCCGAUUUUAUAUUUACGUUGGUUUAAUUAUCAAGUAAAAUUUACACCCAUAAUCUUUAGUGUUACACAUUCCUGAAUAUUUACACAUUGAAUUGCUUUAAAUUGAAAUCUCAAUUUUUUUUAGGUUUAGUUUAUAAUAGAUGGCGUUGUUCGCAAGUUCAGAGACGUUAAAACCUACGUACUAAUUCAUCUUUUCAUUUUUUAUUGCAUUUCAUCGGCCUUGUCAUUUGUGCUCACACUGUAAUUAAUUUUUUUUU